CUGGGUUGAUGACGAUUCACUCUCUCUGCACAUACGACACUCCGUCUGAAGUCGGCGAAAAACCGAGUUGGCGAAUUUGACUCAGUGGCAUCACGUUCAACUACGGGCGCGGCAAACUGAGUUCAAAUUUGUGGUUUGAGAAAUGUUGCACGAGCUCUUGCUGGCACUGUUGGGCUACACCGGAGAUCUCAUAAUCGACGAGAGAGAGCACCAGAGUUCUCUCGGCGUUCGCUUAUCUCCCGAUGCCCCAAUCUCCGACGAACAAACGUUCAAGCUUGCUCCGGACAUCUCCUUCAUCCAACCUUCCGAGAGGGAUCUCAUUGAGAGGAUGAUUGCAUUAGGGUUCUAUUACAGAGAGCUUGAUCGAUUUGCAACCAAAUCUCGGAAUUUGAGCUGGAUAAGGUCUGUAAACGUGUCUCCGUUGGAUAGAGCUUCUGAAUUGCAGGAAAAUAAGAAGGAAAAGGCAAGUGUGUAUCGUAGGGCAAUUUCUAAUGGCAUUGUCGAGAUACUUUCAGUCUACAGGUCUGCUGUUCUUCAAAUAGAGCAAAAACUGUUAUCUGAAACUACGCCUAUCUUGGCCGCAAUAACUCAAGGUCUUAAUAAGUUUUUCGUUCUUUUGCCACCUCUGUAUGAACUUCUUCUAGAGAUAGAGCGUGAUGAUAUCCGUGGAGGACAGCUGCUUAACCUUUUACACAAACGAUGCCACUGUGGAGUGCCAGAAUUGCAAACAUGCUUUCAGAGGCUUCUUUGGCAUGGGCAUCAGGUAAUGUAUAACCAACUAGCGUCAUGGAUGGUUUACGGGAUACUUCAAGACCAGCAUGGGGAGUUCUUCAUCAGAAGGCAGGAAGAUCAGGAUGCAGAGCAUGGUGCAUCUCAUUCAGACAUCUCAGAAAAGUUCAUUCGCCUGUCAACGGAUACAUCUUUAACCGAUUGGCACUUGGGUUUUCAUAUAUCCCUGGAUAUGCUCCCCGAAUAUAUUCACAUGCGCGUUGCAGAAUCAGUUCUUUUUGCUGGUAAAGCUGUCAGGGUCCUCCGGAAUCCAAGCCCUGCCUUUCGGUAUCAGGAUAUGGCAUGUAAUCAACAAAUUGAAAGACACACUCAGAAAAUUCAAUGGUUUACAGAACGUUUUCAUUUCCAGAAGGAGCCCCUCAUGGACAAAAAACAGAUCGAAGAUGAAUUACUUCCACAACUUGAGGCUGAUAAGAUUGAAGCUAUGCUGCUAGACCUAAAGGAGCAAUCAGAAUUUCAUAAAAGAUCAUUUGAAUGUGCAGUUGACUCCAUCAGGGCCAUUGCAGCCAGUCAUCUUUGGCAGCUUGUAGUUGUACGUGCUGACUUAAAUGGUCAUCUAAAGGCCCUGAAAGACUAUUUUCUUCUGGCAAAGGGGGACUUCUUUCAGUGUUUUCUUGAGGAAAGUCGACAGCUCAUGCGUUUACCACCUCGUCAGUCAACUGCUGAAGCUGACCUGAUGAUCCCUUUUCAACUUGCUGCAACAAAAACAAUUGGCGAGGAAGACAACUACUUUUCAAGAGUAUCAUUACGGAUGCCUUCAUUUGGAAUCGCUGUGAAAUCCACACAAGUGGAAAUACCAAAGACAAAAGCUUCCACUGAGGGGAACUCAGGUGCUGUAUUGCAGACUGCUUCUUCAGAGAUGUCCUUUGAUGGCUGGGAUGGUAUUGCUCUUGAGUAUUCUGUUGAUUGGCCUUUACAACUAUUCUUUACCCAAGAAGUUCUCUCUAAGUACCACAGGAUGUUCCAGUACUUGCUCCGACUCAAGCGAACACAAAUGGAAUUGGAGAAAUCAUGGGCAUCUUUGAUGCAUCAAGAUCACUCAGAUUUUUCCAAACAUCGCAAAGACCCUAUAAACUCCUCAGCAGCUCUCCAGCGACGUCAGCAUUUCAGGCCAAUGUGGCGUGUUAGAGAGCAUAUGGCUUUCUUGAUCAGAAAUCUUCAAUUUUAUAUACAGGUGGAUGUGAUAGAGUCUCAAUGGAAUGCUUUGCAAUCGCGCAUUCAAGACUCUCAUGACUUCACCCAACUUGUGGGCUUCCAUCAAGAGUAUUUGUCCGCUCUAAUUUCGCAGUCUUUCUUGGACAUUGGCUCUGUGUCAAGGAUCCUAGACAGCAUAAUGCAACUUUGCCUGCAAUUCUGCUGGAUCAUUGAUAACCAGGAUAGUAGUCAAAAAUCAGCUGAACUGGAACAUAUAACAGAGGAAUUUAACAAGAAAUCAAAUUCCUUGUAUACAAUACUGCGCAGUAGCAGGCUGGCUGGGAGUCAGCGUGCGCCAUUUUUAAGGCGUUUUCUUCUGCGUCUUAAUUUCAAUGUGUUUUUUGAGGCAACUGCUAGAGGUGUUCUGAACGUGGUUAGAGCACGACCAACACCCACGUACUAAGUGAGCCAUAGAAUUAAGGUAAUUGCAAGUCACGAAGAAGCAUGUGAUUCCAUGCUGGUUAUAUUUUUUGAGGCAAGAAAUAUAAACAUAUACUGAAAACUACUUUGCUGUUCGAUUUUUGAGUGCCGUUUUCGACAGUUAGGUGUUGCUUUUUAUAACUUGCUUAAGGGUGCGAGUCUAUCCAGCUUGAUGGAUUCAAAGUGACCUUCCUUAAUUGUAUGUUCCAUUUGAUUGCUGGCUUGAUAGUGCGGGUCCGUUGGCUGUUCUUGAUAGUACCUAAACCGUCUCACGACAUUCUGAUGGUUUCUUUGGUGGUGAUUUGUACUCUGCUCAGUGUUUCUCGACUCCAGUGAAGCAUCCUCUCCUAAUAUGGUUGAGCCUGUAGGUGUUAGCUCUUCUUGUGCUGGUGUGGAUCUGUUGGCUCCACUAGGUAGUAUUUGGCAUUCAGAUGGUGCCUUUUGGUUGUUGGAUGUACAUAUCAUGUGAUGGAGAAAAAAAUUUGUUAUGUGAAAAUGUAGCUCCUCUGUGUAAAGUUAUAUUAGUAGUUGUGGCUUGUGUCGUCCGAGAAGUAAAGUAAGCUAUAAGUUAUUAUAGUUGGACAA